AUGCGCAUAGAUGUGCCUCACCUUUUUUUAGUCGCCCCCGAGGUAGAUCGAGUUCCAACAGUUCCUAAAAGUUCGACCAACAAACUCCUCCUGAGGCGGGUAAAUAUAAGUACUGAGCUGGCGAACAAGUCCUCAGUCGUAAAUAUCUGCCCCUCAGCCGCACAUGUCCCUCAUCCUUUUCCCAUCUUAAUAGCAUUCCUCGAGGUAGUUCUCCUUAAGGAGCGCAACGGUAAGAGCAGGCCAAACAGGCCAGGCAAGAUCCGCAUCCGCCGAAACAGGCUAGUCAAGACCAGUCAGUCUAGUUUCUCGAUCGAGGGAAAGGCAUCGGUCCUAUCUUUCAUAGCCAAAAGUGUAUCUCCUAGCCGCCUUAUAAAGGAACGGCAAAACCAGUCUAGCUUAUCGAGGACUGAGAGGUACAAAGCCAGCAGCUCUCUGAGCUGUCGAGGAACUCAAAAGAAAAGUUUUCCCGUCUUGAUUGGAACUUCAGUUAGCAGCUGCCCUUGUUGGGUUGGGCUAAGGAAGAUGAAAGUCAAGUCAAUCCGGGGUAUGAACCCCAAAGGGGAGUCCCGACAGCUAGCUAGCCAGAGCUACGAUUCUGACAGGAUUGGAGUUGAGGAAACCGAAGCCCUUCAGUCCGACCUUCUCCCUCCCCUACUUCUCAGAGCUACCUACUUUGCUUUGCCAGAUCUGAGGAAACUGAUGCCCCUCAGCCAGCUGCUCUUCCUAGACUUAUGA